GCUUAAUUGUGCACCAGGAAAUAAACAUCACUCUCCUAAUAGUCAGCUCUCUGGGGGCCAUAAACACUUUUUCUCAAUUUACAGAAAUUUCAAUGAACGAUAACAAUUUAAGAGGAAAUUAUCUCAAUAAAAUGCUAAACUGACAUAAACUAUCAAGUUGGAUUACGAAAAUAAUAAAACAUUUUUGGAAAGAAAACUGCAGUAGAAGCAAGUGGAGUUAUUUUUAAGUAUACAGAGGCUGGUGUGAGAAGAAGCUGUUCAAAUUUAUCAAUCUGUAAUUUUUGUAAAAUGUAUUAGAUCAUGAUAACAUAAGUUUUAAAGAUGCCUCUCUUCAAAACAAGUACUGAAAUAACAAUCAAAGGAUUAAAUAAAUACUGAACAGUUUUAACACAACUAGUGAAAACGAGAAUUUCUUUAAAACAUUUUUGGAUUUAAUUAAUAAUAUUGAGCUUCUAUGCUAAUAUCAAUAAAUAAGGAAAAUAUUUCAAGUGGAUAUCGGAAAAUAAAAAUAAAGACAACCACGACAACAUUGGAGAUAAAUUAUAGCUAACAUAAGGAGAUGGAGAUGAAAGAUUUGAAAAUAUGGAUUUUACAUCUGGCUUUAUGCUGUAUGUUGAUACCUAUAUAUGUGACUGCUUACCCAUUGAGCCCUAUACCUGGGAGGGACCAUGCUCCUUCAGGAUCUAAAUGUCCCUACAAAUGCAUGUGUCAGAAUAACCAAAUCUUCUGUAAUGGGGUCAUGUUGCGUAGCGUGCCCCUGGAUAUACCUAUCCCAACAGUUUAUCUCAAUCUCCGUGGCAACAUUAUCAAACAGUUGAGUAUGAACUCUACAUUUCCAAAACUUGAAAACCUCCAGGGACUGCUACUUGGGGGUAACAAGAUUGCGCACAUUGAUGAUGGAGUAUUAAUGAAGAUGAGACAGUUAAUGAUGCUGGAUUUAAGUAAGAACUCUCUUGUGAAAGUUACAGCGAAUACUUUUCACGGGGCUCGUUAUUUGUGGACACUUUCCCUGGCUACUAACCAGUUGGAGAAAAUUGGGGAUGCUCUUGAGGACUUACGUGCAUUGUCCAUCCUUAACUUAGCAAGCAACAAAUUGAAAGCGAUCAAUGAAAAUGACUUCAAACACAAUACGAAAUUAAAAUUACUAGAUUUAUCCAAGAAUAAGAUAUCGUUCAUACAUCCAAGUGCAUUUAAGGAUCUGCCUAACUUGCAGUACUUACUCCUGAAGUUCAAUCCCC